AACAAAAUGGCGACACCCUUGAAAAAUGUGUUUUUCCAAACUUUACUCAAUAAUCGGUCUCGAUUAAAUAUUAUAUCAGGUAGAAAAUGAGUCUAUCUACAUAUUAUUUGGCUUGAAAAUGUUGGAAAUAUUUUUUAUAUUGGCCCCCUCUCCAACAGGUACUUAAGAAAACCUGAUUUUCAUAAUCAUCCUUUACUUUCUGCAUUAUAAUUGGGAACGGAGCUUUUAAUUUUACAUCUAACUAUUCACUAUUCUAACCGAGUCUACUUAUCCCAUUCGCUUCUAAUUCUAACCUCUAACUCCAAAAGACCACCUGGAGUACUAAGGAGAGGGAGAUAACUCUUUAAGUGCAAGCACCCCAAAUUUUAUAAAAUGGUUGUUUGAAACACAUUAUUAUGCAAUUUUAACAAGAACUUAAAUUGAAAAGUAUAAUUAGUAUUUUUAAAAUGACUGAUAGUUUAUAGUUUUAAGUACUUUUAAUUAGUUAAAAUUAGUUAAUUUUAGCAAAUUAAAACUAUAACAUUAACGGGGAAAAAGUAAUGAACAAGGAUCAACACUGCUACAUAUAAAUAUAAGAUUCACGGUCCUAAAGCACACAUAAAGACUAAUAUUCUAUAUGUGCAUAUUUAUGGACAAGCAACAUUUUUCAGGGAAACAUUUUUAAAAUAAACUUAUGAAGCUAAAAUAAAAUUCAAAUAUCUGCAGAACUAUGGUUUUAAUUUUUAAAUCUGUAUGACUCACAAUCGAGCCUUAAUUAUAGCAUCAUUUUAUUGUAUGGGAAUUGGCAUUCUCAUCUGUGCUGAAUUUUUCCUGAGUAUGAUCCUACAAGUUUUAAGCAAGUGAGAACAAAUUUUAAAAAAUUGAGAUAUCCUUUUUUUGUUUUGCUUCUAAGACAUUUGGUACAAGCACAAUGUCUUAUUUUUUAACUGACUUCUGAAAGUUUUACCAACAUGUUAUUUUAGGUCAAAUUUGUUACUGAAUAAAUUACGGGAUGAUUGUAAUCCAUGUUGGUGAGCCAUCCUAUCACCAUAAUCAUGCCAUAUGAGAAGUCUGUGGUAGAUAUUAGGCCAUGAACAUUAAGCCUUGGGAAGCUCACAUUUUUCUCAGGGUGCAUCACACUCUGUGCAGUCACAUCUUAUUUCAAACUGAAAAUGAAUAACCUACUACCAUCUACUCUAGCAACUAGUGUACUAUGGUUACAUUCUCAGUCUCAGUAGUCUGUGGAGUGCACUGUACAGUUAUGGCUACUGCCAAGAGGAAUGUAAUAUGACACUUUAUUUACAGAAAAUUACUCAUCUGAAGAAUUGUCUUGAAAAAAGUCUACAUACAUUAGUCUUAGUUUUCCACUCAACUCUAGCUCCAUCUUAUUUUGAAUGCUAUUUAACAAUUAAAAUGUCCCAAAAUAUUUUUCUUGGCACAGUUUUAAAGGAACUGUUUUAUUGCGUUUAACUUGAAUUUAUGGACAUUUAUAUAACCAUUUACCACAGUAACCAAGCUACAAGAAUAUCAAGUUUAGUCAAUAUUACAGUACUCUAUGAAUAAGGGGGUGGGGGGUGUUGUUAAAAUGAAAAUUUCAAAACUAAUUUAUUUAGUUCUAGACAUUUAUUUUCUUUUUGGAAAAUUUGACCAUACUGUUGCUUUUUUUUUUACAAUAUUUUCAAUGAUUCACAGUUUACCGCACUUUACUGAGUGAAGCAGACACAAAAAUUGACAGAUAUUGGAGGCAAAGAAUUUUCAAAGCAGAUGAGCUUGGAACAAGUGGGAAAUGUACAAAUCACAUUAAACAAUAAAAUUCAUUAUUUGGAAAUAUAUAUUUAUCAAAAGUAGUUACAGAAGAUUUGAAAAUAUUCUUUAUAACCUACAAACUACAAUGGAAAUAUCAGGAUGUUAGAGUAACUGAAAAAAAAUUAAUUUGACCCAAAAUGUGUUCUAUAAUCAUUGUAUAAUUUUGUUCCACUAAAUCUGGCAGAAAUGAAAACGUAAUCCACAUAAUUUAGAAAACUUAACCUUAAACUUUAUAAAACAUAUAUUAGAUUAUUAUUUUUAAUUAUUUUCUUGUUUUUAUUUAUGGGUUCCUAUUUUUCAAGCAGUUUUGACAUAUAUUUGACUUUAUGUUAUACUUUCAGCAACUCUGUUACAAAAAUUGAGUAAUGUAAAAUCACCAUUGGAUGCUAAGUUGUGUGCUUAUGAAAUAAUAGAUCUUAUUCAUGUUGCUGACACAAAACAAGAAGUAAUUCUGUUGGAAAAUCUCUUAUGCCUUUUAAGGUAAUGUAAAAAUGUGCUUUUUACUUGUGAAAUAAUAGAUCUUAUUCAUGUUGCUGACACAAAACAAGAAGUAUGUCUGUUGGAAAAUCUCUUAAGCCUGUAAUGUAAAAAUGUGCUUUUUACUAGUCAGUCAUGAUCAGUCACAUUUUUCUGAAAACAAAAAAAACGUUUCUGGCUUUUGUUUUCUGUUUAUUAAGCCCUUGUUAUUUUUAUAGUGGUUAGAUAUGGAAUAAGCUUUAUUAUGUGGUUUUAGUUCUGAGCAAAAUUUCUCCACUGCCCAGCUGUCACACUCAACAAAGCUCAGAGGGAGCAUGGCUCGACAUCUUUGAUUUCCAACUUAUUGACUAAAAUAAUGAAUUUUAAUUAAUUUAGUGUUGUGUUGUAUUAUUAAUAUUAGUUAGAAACAAUUUAAAACCUGUCUCAUGCUAAAUAACAUUUGAAGUUAAAAAAAAAUAAAAUUUUAAAGAUAUCUGGACAUGUUGCCAAGGAGCCAUUGUAAACAAAACAUAACAGGCAAUAUUUUCCUAAUGAGAUAAAAUAAAAUUUAAAUUUUCAUAACUUUGAUUUAUUUUAGUGAAUCUGGUAUCACAGACAUUGAAAACUUCAACUUUGGAGCAAGUAUCAUCAGAUUAUACCAUUAUUUGGGUUUACCAGAAGAGGCCUAUGCAUUAUUCAAAAGUCAUGUUAGUAUUUCAAGUUGCAUCUAAAAGAUUGUUGAUGAUGUUGGAUUGAAUUAAAAUUAAUACAAAAUUUCAAGUUUUCCUAAAUCACCUUUAUUUCAUUUUGACUCUUUUAGUCAUAUCAUUAUUUCUCCUCAACCCAUUUUUUUUACUAUAUUAUUGUAUCUGGUCCCUUAACUUCUUUAUCUGAUAAUGCAAUUGCUUUGUCUUUUAUAUAAAGCUUUGAUUUUCUUUUCCAUCUGACCAACAUUCAGUGUUUUAUUUACAAUUUAUUUUGGUCCAUUUAUUUAAUUAAUAGGGUAUAAUAGGCAUAAAAUACUACACAUCAUACAAUGUUAAACAAUUGUACUUAAUGAACAUAGCGUUGUUGUUUUUUUUCUUUUUCAAUUUCACAGAAAUGUAAGGAAUUUCUUAUGGACAACACCUGCCACAAAGUUCUCAUGGAUCUGCUGUACAAUCACAAACAGUACCAGAAAGUUUUGGAUGUUUUUGCCUCAUUGCAAAAGUUUAACAUUGAUUGCAUCACUCUGGCACUAGGUGCUCAUUAUCAUAUUGUAAGGGACACUUCACUUAAGAUUGAUUCAUCUUUUUAAUGCAAAUGAUGCUGCUGAAAUUUUAACAUCUUUAAUUUUUAUACACCUGGUAGCUGAAAAGAUGUCAAUACCAACAUACAAUAAAUAUAAAAAAUGCCAUAUAGUCUUUGUGGCACAGUAGAGUAAAUGUGGUUUUUAAUUAUUUUCAAAAUGAUGUCAUUUAAAAAGGUUAUUGUUAAUUAUAAUGUAUUAUUUAUCAUGUCCCGGAAUAAUGUGUAUGUUUCUCUUUGGUUUCGGUAUUAAUGUAAAUGACUAGACUUUAUAAAAAAAUUAAUUGUAAUUUUUGUGUAUCCUUGAAAGUAAUGAAAGUCUGUAAACUUGAUUCUUUUUAAUUAUGUUUUAACACCUACUAUUAGCAGCUAUUUAUUCACUUGUAAAUUAUUUACUGUAUGUGAGAAGCAUUUACAUGUGUCUGAAGUAUUCCUAGUUCCUAGCAUAAAAGCUUCUCGUAGGUCGAUUCACCUGGAGAUAAUUAGCAUUUGUCUAUUACAAAUAUUUUCACAUGCAUACAUGUCUUUUAUUUUACAGAACACUGAAGAAAGCUUUGAAGCUGCACAGAAAUUGAUAAAAGAUUACUUGAAAAAUUAUUCUUUGUCUAGGAGAGCUAUUAUGUUUUAUUGCAUGCUUGCCAUUCAGCAGGUAACUACAUCAACUAAUCCUUUUAGCUUCAAUUAUUCAAUUAAAUAUAUCAAGCAGUAAACUUAUAUUAUAUAGAUUCAUUUAACUAAAUCAAGCAAUCCAAACCUAUGUUGAUGUUAGUUUUUAGGUCUACAUACUAUCCCCAAGGAAAGGGGCCAUCCAUAUAAUAUGUCCAGAAAGAAGACACCCCCCCCCCCAACCCACUAUUAUUUUUUUAGGCACCCUCCCCUCUUAUGCCUGCUUAUAAUAUAAUGUUAAAAAUGUUUUUUUAUUAAAGUUAACCACUAUCUUUUGUUUUCCAAAUAUGGAAUUAUAGAAUAUAUAUUUCACAUAUUGUAAGUUUUAUCCUACGGUCUUUUAAAAGGCAGCAAUCUCAAAAUUUAAUCUCCUUUAUUGCAGCAUGGAGACCACUUUAUUUAAAAGGUGCUAGUGGUGAUGGGUGGGAGGGGAUGUUGGUCAGGCAAACGAAAUAAUUAUUUCAUGUUACAAAUUACUUCCCACACUCACAGAAAGGGAUACGGUGGCUACACACUACAGUAUGUUGUCACUAUGCUAAAUAUUACUGUUGCGAUAUCUAGCAAGUUAUUUGUGGAGAAACAGGGUCAUAGAAUGACGAUAAAUUAUGAAACAUUUUGGUGAUAUUUUUUUAAUAAUUUAUAGCCUUUUUGAAAAUAUUAAAAAUCAUGGAUGUCAAGCAUUUUUUGGUGACAGUUGACUUUAUUGGAGAUAUUAGAAACUAUCAGAAUUUCAGGAUAAUUAUUGCAGAAUUUGUGCAUAAAUGUACGUAGGUGAGAUACCCCACCUCUAACCAUCAUGCACCCAUUGGUAAAAUGUCCAAACUCAUUCAUUAUACCAUGCCCCCUUAUUACAUAAUAAUACUAAUAAUGAUUAUUUGAAAAUCACGCUUCAUCCCCAAAGGCUCGAAGCGCAUUACAUACCACAUUGAAGUACAAAAUCCAACAUUACAAAAACUAAAUACGAGAAUACCCAUUCAGUCUUUCAUACCUUGCAACCAAAAACAACACAGACAAAUAUACAUCUACAAGAUAAUAGCAAGAUAGACAACAUCACCCCAGCAUGUGUUUGCGAAAUAGAUAAGUCUUCAAAUCAGUUUUGAAAGACUCCAGUGUCUGGCUGUUUCUGAGAGCGACAGGAAGUGUGUUCCAAAUUGUAAUACCGUCCUCUCAGUGCAUACAUAAUACUACCACCCUUAUACAGAAUAUCUGGAUGUUAACCCCCCGCCCUUCCCCCCCCCCCACUCCUAGUGCAUACAAAAUAUCUAGAUGAUUAGAUGGCCCCCUAAUGAGCAAUUAAAUCCGUCCUCUCAGUGCAUACAUAAUACUACCACCCUUAUACAGAAUAUCUGGAUGUUAACCCCCCGCCCUUCCCCCCCCCCACUCCUAGUGCAUACAAAAUAUCUAGAUGAUUAGAUGGCCCCCUAAUGAGCAAUUAAAUUUCAUAGGUUUGAUAAUGUGACUUUUCAAUAAAUGUUUUUCUGACAAAAGGAGCAUGAUGGCUAGGUUCAUGUCAAUUCAAAUUCAUUUGAAACAGACUCAGUUCCCAGGUGUUCAUUUAGUCAGAACAUUUCACACAAUAUAUGAGCGGAGACCCGAUUGCUUGUCAAGUCUAAAAAGACAAUAAAAUAAAAUAUGUUCUUUGUCUACAUUUGUGGUCUUAACUAAGAAAAGGGAAGAAAAAGAACAAAAACAUUACACCUUGCAAAAUAACUAAUAAGGUAGAAAUAGACAUUCAUAACUUUUAACCUAUCAACGAGCUUUUGAUUCUUUUGGGGUUGUUUUGGCUUUUAUUUCAACUGAAUAUUUUCAGAAUCAUCCAAAGGAAGCGCUUCAGGCCCUGAACAACUGCCAACCAAAUAAUGUGACAUUUAAUAUGAAGGUAUCAGUUGUUUCAUCUCAGAAUAUUGUAACAAAUGCAAAACUUAUUAAAAUAUUUGUUUCAAUAAUGAUAAAAGUUAGGAACUGGAAUAAGUUAACGAAACUAGCGUAUGAUUUUUUGUGUUAUUUCCAGUUGAUAUCCUUAGCUAAACUGGGACAAUCUUCAGAACUGAUGAAAAGUUUGGUCAAAGUUAAAAGUGAAACAGAAAAUAUAUCAAGACCUUUAGAUGUCAGGCUUUUUAGCGAUACUGUAAGUAGUUGGUAAGAAAGAUUUAUUAAACCAGCGUCUGUUGCUAUGAAAGACAUCUUUAAACCAGCUUUUGUUGCUAUGAAAUACAUUUUUAAACCAGCCUCUGUUUGGUCCCUUUUUUUUUUAUCUUGUUAAACAAUAUUUUUAGACCCGGACCACAGCUUACAAAGUUCAAUCAGGAAUAUUUGUAUAAAUGUAUAACUUUAUCCUGGGUUGUUUUUUUUUGUUGUUUUUUAUAUAUAUACAAGCAUUCUCAAAUUGUGCUAACAUAUGUUACUCCUACAAACAUCUCUUUGAAACAUCUGGCGACUUUUCCACAAACACAAAUUGAAUAAACAGCCCAAAUUUAUUAUUUACAAGUUCUUCACAGUCAUUACCAUUUUCAUUUAAGUCAUUGUUUAACAAUCGCAUAGAAGAAGUAGUCAAAUUUAAAAAAAGCAAAUUAAUGAAAGCAAGAUAAAAUAAAAAUGCACUAAUCCUUGUUAAUUUUGUUAAUAUCACUGCAAAAAUCCUUCACAUUUUGCAUUUAGUAUCUGAUUUUUUCAAUAUGUUAUGUUACAGAUGAAAGAAAUAUCUGAAAGUUUAAAUGAGAGUUUGAGCCCACGAGACUUUGCCAGUGCUCGUUUCCUGAUAGAAGACCUCGGAGAAAGGGGAGUUUUGAGCAGGCAGGUGAUAACAAUUUUUCUAGACAGAACCAUUCCAGGAAAUGUGGGGAAUAGAAAACAAGGAGGCAAGCAAAAAGUCGUAAGGGACUCUCAACGUGACACACAUCCACGGUUAAGCUGAGCUAAUCCUGAUAUCUUUAACAGUCUUUAUUGGAAUGAAUCAUUAAGAUUUUCUACAAUACUUAGAUUGCAAUGAAGAAACAUAUCAAGAUCCCAAGCUAUUCAGUUAAUGAUAAUGAUUCAGCUGUGAGUCAUUAUAUUUGUAAAAACUGUAUUUUAUUUUUAAAAAUUAUGAAAAAAAAAAAAAAAUUCGCAUUGGGUAUUGAAUUCCUUAAAAACUAAAAGCAUGAUGUCCAUGUCAUUGCCCAUGUAUCAGGAAUUGUACUUGGUAUAUGAUGAUGGCAUAUAGAAACAUGUGUCUCUGUAGGUAUGCAUACUUACUUUGAUAACUAUGUCAACAGAAAGGGAAUCUCUAAAAUUACUAAAAAGUAAAAAAAAAAACUAUUUAGUACACUAUUUCAAAGGCUGCAAGGUGAUGAAGUCCAUUAACUAAGAAUCACAUUAUCUUGAACGCAGUACUUAAAUCUGUGCACUGCUGUGUACGUCUAUUCUGUCAGUUCACUGGCCUGGCUGCAAUACUGCAAUGACUUUGUAAAAUAACUUUUUCAGGAAAAUAAAUGAUUGUGCAUCAAAAGCAGAUUUAUCUAAACCUUAAGUCAUCUAGUUAUAAUGACACAUAUUUAGCCUUCUGCUCUCUGGUACCAUUGCCAAACCACAGACCACCAUUUUUGUGUAGCUAUGUUCUAUAAUAGUGUUUCCUAAAGUGGUGGACCGGCACCAGUCUGUGAGCAUUAAGUUGCCUUUUGUUUUGAUCUUCUUUCGUGUGGUCUUCAUAAAUGUUACGACCUUUCCUAUUAAAUGAAUGUCCAUGCCUCGAAAUGUUGUGUG